GACAACAACCAUACCCUCAUUACCAUCCCCAAUACCCCAAACAAACCUGACUGCUCCUCCAGUCCGGUCUCAGCUCUCCAUAGACUCGGACUCUGACAUGACAGAAAGCUCUGGACUCCUGCAGGAAGUCAGCAUCCUGCCUCCUCAGAGGCCACGCCCCCUAAUCAUCUUCAUCAUUGGUGGUCCAGGAAGUGGGAAGGGAAGUCAGGCGGCGAGGCUCGCUCAUCGCUUCAGCUUCAGAGUCAUCUCAUUGGACGAACUGCUGAGGAGGCAGCUGCUAAGCCACGCCUCCCCCAGCAGAAAGUGGGAGGUUAUUUCACAAAUGAUGGGUCAUGGAGAGCUGGGACCACAGGAUGAAACCAUCUCAGAGCUGCGGCGUCAGCUGAUUGGUCAGCAGGAGGCCAGAGGGUUCAUCGUGGACGGAUUCCCUCGAGAUGUCCACCAGGCUCUCAACUUCCAGGAACAGAUUGGCUCUCCUGACCUGGUGAUGCUGCUGCUCUGCUCCAAUGAGACACUGCGCUGUCGACUGCAGCAACGAGCAACUCAACUUGGUCUCCUAGGAGACAAUAGCCACGCCCUGCGGAGACGCUUAGAGACAUUCCAGAGAGACAUCGUCUCUAUCAGCAGAUACUACGGACAACUACACCUGUUGAUACAGGUACACCUGCUGACAAAGCUACACCCUUUGACACAGUUAAACCCGCUGAUACAAGUACACCUGAUGACACAUGAACCCCCGGGACACAAGUACACCCGCCGAAACAGUCGCACACACUGAUACAAGUACACUUUAACUUUCAAUUCAAUUCAAUUUUAUUUUGUAAAGCCCAAAUUGUGAUUCUUUAAGGCUUUACGAUUCGUACGCAUGCGACAUCCUCUGUCCUU